AUUGGAUAAGAAUAGUUCUGCCGGUGGCUAUCUUCGAUGAAGCGGCGCUAGUCAUGUCUGGGGUUUUGCUGAAUGAUAAUGGGGUUAAGCAAGAAUAUUUUGAAGACGACGAAGCGCUUCUCAAGGUCGACACUUUUGACACCAACUCCGAACCCUUACCAAGUGAACUCUCAGAAAUCGGUUUUGACAACACCCCACCUGGUUUCGUCGGUAGGGAUCCGUAUGGCGAUCUUUUCCUGAUGGAUCCAAAUGAUCUCCUCGGGGUCAGGGAAGAAAUUAUUGGCACCGAGGCUACCCAGAGUCCGAAGGACUUCAAUGCACCUGACCCGAGUCUGGAUUUCACGGAGGAGUCAAACGAUUCGGGUGGCGAUCGGACAAUGCGCCGUAAAAAGCUGAAAAAUAAAGGUAACCUCAAACAGGAAAACGACGUCAGGGACCCAUCUGAUUGUGAGGUGGAACCAAACGAACAUUCUAACUCAACUCAGCGACAGCUCAGUAAAGUUGAUCACGGCCGGCGUUAUAUUGCCUACCGCUACGCGACCGCGCAGGGCUUCCGGAAUCAACCAGCCCUAACUCUGAAACGCCUUGGUGGUCAACUGCUGCAUCUUGCACAACCCCAUAUUCAAACAUCGCGUGCUAAAUCGCGCAUUGCAAGUUUGAACCGGCAGGACAGUGUACUGUCGGAUGGUAGCUCGACUGGGCAGUACACAGGUGUUGAAUCCCUACAGAAUACCAGUGACGAUCAAAAGGGUUCCGUUACUAGGUCAACGAGGCUACCAACGAUUGCACCAGCUCCAGGAAACUCCGACCUUGUUACCCCGGAAUUGACUCCCAUGGCCUUGUAUGAACGCAGUUCGGAACCGAAUUCGGUGUUACGCAGGGUCCCUUGUCCUCACAAAGGCUGCGGGAAGUCAUUUCGUGACAACUCAGCCAUGCGCAAGCACUUACACACUCAUGGACCUCGUGUUCAUGUUUGUGCCGAGUGUGGAAAGGCAUUCGUGGAGUCGAGCAAACUAAAGCGACAUCAGUUAGUUCAUACUGGUGAAAAGCCUUUUCAGUGUAAUUUCGAGGGUUGUGGCAAGCGCUUUUCGUUAGAUUUCAACCUGCGCACUCAUGUGCGAAUUCACACCGGGGAUCGUCCAUACAUCUGUCCGUUUGAGAACUGUCUCAAACGCUUCGCACAGUCAACGAACCUCAAGUCUCAUAUAUUAACUCAUGCGAAAGUCAGAUAUCGUGGUGCCCGUGGCUCCGUCAGCGCUUCCCAGAAUCCUGGAUACUUUUCUGAUCUAGAUGAAAUGCCACCGCCCCAGCAGAUUUCCUCAAAUGAAGCAACCACCUCUUUGGAUCCACCAUCGAAUUAUGUUUCACCCGACGCCAGCGUAACAAACUCAGUUCAGCCGGAAUCCGUGUCACCCUAUCAGUCAACCCUAUUGUCCUCUCCGAUAAACAUUAAACCAAUGACUCGAAUUCAACAACGGAUACUGGGACGUCAUGGCCUACAACCAGGAUGCCAGUUUACAUCCGCUCUGCACAACCAGCAGACCCGAUUCCGUCCCGUAUCUGGUCACAAAUAUGUGACACACAUAGCCCCAUCCAUCACGGUUAUCCCACGAGUACCGAUUAUCAAACAUGAGGCACCCGAAAUUCAGCUUGAUACUGACUAUUCCACUAUCGAUGAGUUCUCCGAUUCAGUGGAGGAUGAUACGAUAGGCACGAAAGAAGGUUUUCUAAAAGACGGCGGUCAACUGAUCGAUUCGGCUUCCAGCCCUGGAGUCAAUUCGGCUACGAGACAUACUUCGCAGCAGUUUAUGUGGAAUGACGAAGGAUUCACAGAACUGGGGAAUCAGUUGCACGCACCGACCACUUUAGCCAGCCCAUAUAGACCCUAUUCUGUUUAUCUGCGCGGAACCCGCCGGCGCAUAUUUUCCACAAGUGCAAGCCCUGUCCUUUCGAACUACGCUCUGUGCAGGCAGCAAACUAUCCCAGUUUUACGUUUUCCCUCAGCGCAUCGGAUAGUUUCUAUCAGUCGCCCGCCUCCACAACAAACCUGACAGUUCAGGUCUUCAAUGUGCGCUAACUCUUCCCGGUCAUUCGGUUUUACAAAAGCGCUGAUGUGAUACUAACUGACAAUGGAAACGCUUGUGUUCCUAACCGGCUGAUCUCCGCACACCUCUGCACCUCUUGCUGCGCCGAUUAGGAGCAGAAUCUACUGUUCAACACUCCUUUGCUGGAUAUGCGUCGUUUCACGCGCCAGUGGUACUUCUUUUCUGCUCUGUCCCUCUUUUAUCCCGUUUAGUUUUGUUUUCUGGUUAUACCACCGUGUGUGCGAAUUUUGUAAAUACCGGGCAUUGCCCGCUGCCUUCGCCGAUUUGGUUGAUCUCUUUAAUGUAUGAAUAAAUGGGCUACUCCCAUUCUCUGCUGUUUAAUUGGAAUGUUUUCCGACGGAUCAACAUCACGGUCAUAUUCUGUCCCGCCUGGUCGCUACUAUUUACAUUGACUUCCACUGUGUAUGAUUAGUGUACAUAGGUAUUGAUAAUUGCUCGGUAUGUGUUAGUUCUGUGAUCUUUCUUGGCCAAAACACUUGUUAAUGUUGACUGAUGUGCACUGACUUCGGUCACAGCGCGCCGCUUUCUCCUAUAUGGGCCAUUAGCUGACAACCACCUUUCCCUGUGUUGUUUUCCCGUUACCCGCUUUAGUCAAUCUAUCAUGAAGACAAUUCCAUUCACCUUCGCAACUCACUCCUCUUGACCAACCGCACACCUAGAUUGUGUUCUGUGUUGUUCGUGUUCUUGAUAGUUUUCUAACCAGCAUGAUCGUGUACAGUCCACUCUGUUGUCAUUCACUCAGUCGCCUGCCUCUCCUUCACGAGCCCUCUUUUUAUACCUAUAUGCGCCUUUGGGCGUAAUAAAGCUGUAUUGCUCACCGAC